AUGGCAAAAUUGAAUUUCAAUAGAUAUCGUAGUUCAUUUACAGAUGAUGAUUCUGGUAUUAGUUGUGAAUAUGAUCGUUCAUCAUCAAGUGAUAUUCGUUCAUCAAGAAGGACUUUCUUCGAACCAUCUUUACAAACAACUCAAUUACAAACUAUACCAUUACCUAUUCCAGGAGUCGUUGGACGAAGACGAACUAAUGCAAUACCUUUAAUUAAAUUUCCAUCCGAUGGUAUUAUUGAACGUAUACGUCCAGCAACAAUGAAAAAUAGUAAAAAUAGUGAUUUUAUUAUUUGUAACACAAAUCGUGGAACAUAUAUUGCUUAUCGAACACCAAUUGUUCCUCAAUGGGUUACAAAACUUGUACAUGACAUUGAAUUAGCACAACAAUAA